AUGAAAGACUCAAAUUCCGUCCUUGCCGCGGUCCUGCGGGAGAUUCUCAGUUCGUUUGAUGUACAAGUCUGGCAGAGCAACAUGUUGAGACGGGUUGGAAACCUCGUUUUCUUCGGUUCCCUGGUCAAAGGGAUCGCAGCGCAGUGCUCGCAACAGAACGGAAGCGUUGAUCUGGGCUGGCACGCUCCCAACGAGACCCAUGUCAAUAAUCUCGACUUUGUCGUCAAUGGGACCGGUGCCAAUGGCUUCAUCUACAAUACCUCCGUUACUCCGGCGACGGCUGGGUAUAGCACGUACAACUGGUGCAACAUGCCUCAUGUGCGACAGCAAGAGUAUGUCAAGGCCCCUGAAGGCUACAAAUUGGAAUAUGUUGAAUUGAUUCAUCGACACCACAAACGUACACCAUAUGCGGCGAACACUUUUCCUCACGAAACGUAUUCCUGGAAUUGUGACGAUGAAGCCCUCUUCUACUACGGAGUGCCUCGACCCGACGGAACAUCCGCCCAGGUCAGCUGGCAGGUGUACACUUCGGAUUCGAACCCGCUCGCUCCCGAAGGCUUCAAUGGGACAUGCCAGUUCCCGCAGAUCAGCGGCUCCGGCCUGAACGACAGUCGCAAACAUGGAUCCGACCUCUACGCCGUCUACCAUGGGCUGCUUGGGUUUUUGCCCGACAGUUACGAUCCGGCGAAAAUGACAUACCGAGUCACAAACAACGUCAUUACCUCGCAGGUCGCGAGCCAGGUCAUCGAAGGACAGUUCCCAUCACUGGAGAACAAACCAAUAGGUGUUGCGAUUCAGCCAGACUCGGUCGACUCUCUGGAGCCUGCGUACUCCUGUGACCGGGCAGAGGACCUGUACGCCAGCUACGGUGUCGGUUCUGCUGUGGCGAACUGGACCGUCCACCUGAACGACUCUGCAGCACUGUUCGCCAAGCUCGACUCCGUGUCUGGUAUCAACGAGACCGACCCAGACUGGCACAAUUGGUUCGACCAUUACUUCGACAACCUCUCGGCGCGGCUGUGCCAUCAAAAACCGCUGCCUUGUCAAUCGGGCAAUGCUUCCAACUGCAUCACGCAGGCCGAUGCCGACGCCGUGUUUCGACGAGGCCAGUACGAGUACUCGUUCUUGUGGCGCGACAGUCCCGCGUCUCUCGCCACAGCCACCGCAGGCUUUGGCAUUUGGACGGCGGAGCUCGCUAGCAAUCUGCGCGCGGCGAUGAAUGGGACCUCAGCCACCAUCUACAGGCACAAUGUGGGCCACGACGGCUCGAUGGCACGACUGCUGUCUAUUCUGCAGGUCGACGUCAUGGUCUGGCCGGGCAUGGGGUCUGAAGUUGUGUUUGAACUCUACAGCAAGUCCGGCUGCCAUUAUCUGCGCGUGCUUUGGAGUGGCCGGGUCCUGCGCAGUUCAAAUCCCAGCUUGGGCCUUAUGGAUAUGAUCCCAGUCCAAACCUUCCUGGACUACAUUGACGGCUUGGCGGGCGUCAAGGCAUCCAAGAUUCCCGGGUUAUGCUCAAGCAGCUGA